AAGAUGUCCCCGGGAUCGUCUAGGCCAGAUGGUGCAGAGUCGGUACCAGCUGGUGACUCUAGUAAAGGAGACAGAGCAAGUUUUUAGUCCAAUACUACAGUGCUACUUUGCUACGACGAUUGUUGUUAUCUGCACGGAGCUGUAUCUUCUCGCCCAGCGGCUUGGGUCCAGGCAUUACGAGGCUGACGAAGUUAUUGUGCUCAUCUUGCUAACUCUGCAAACAACCUCUCUCUUCGUGAUGGUGUCGCUGGCUGCGGGGGGCGUGCAAGACGAGGCCGGCGUGGGCGGUGAAAUCCUUCGUCGAGGCCUACCCUUCGAUGCUUGCGACAGGGACAAAUACCACGCAUGGGAGCUUACGAGGUCACUGUCAAUCACGCCUGUGUACAUCACUGGUGGGAAUUUCUUCACUAUCAACCGAGCUUUUAUUCUCACGGUGGUGAGCGCCGUGGCCUCUUACUUCAUCGUCAUCCUUCAGUUCAUGAACACGUGCCAGGAUGACCCCGUGUACAACGCUUCCCACGUCGGCUGA